GCAGCUCCUCGGCGCGGCAGCGGAGAGCGUGGUGCGGCCCGGAGCAGCCCUGGCUUUCCCCUCGCCGCGCGCCCGCGCCCCCUACAGCGUCCGCACCCAGAAGCCCAGUGCGGCGCCCGCAGCUGAACCUGUCCCCGCGCCGCUCCCCGGACCGCGACCCCGGCCGCCCCGCGAUGACCGCGACCGCAGCCCUCCCGCACGUCCUGCUGCUCCUGCUGGCUUUCGGCCCCCGCAUCUCUGGAGCUGAAUGCGACCCGCCCUGUGACCCUAAAAAUGGAUUUUGUGAGGAUGAUAGCGUGUGCAGGUGUCAGCCUGGCUGGCAGGGACCCCAGUGUGAGCAGUGCGUGACCGCUCCGGGCUGUGCUAACGGCCACUGCGAAGAGGCCUGGGACUGCAUCUGCGAGGACGGCUGGGAUGGCAAACUCUGCGAUUUAGAUGUCCGGGCUUGCAUCUCAAUCCCCUGCGACAACAACGGCACCUGCAUGGACCUUGGGAACGGAAACUACGAGUGCGCCUGUGUCCCUGGGUUCUCGGGAAAGGACUGCCAGAAGAAGGACGGGCCCUGUGCCAUCCAUGGUUCUCCCUGCCAGCACGGAGGCACCUGCGAGGACGAUGAGGGCCAGGCCUUCCACGCCUCGUGCCUGUGCCCCCCUGGCUUCUCAGGCAACUUCUGCGAGAUCAUGACCAACAGCUGCAUCCCCAACCCGUGCGAGAACGACGGUGUCUGCACCGACAUCGGGGGCGACUUCCGCUGCCGCUGCCCGGCCGGCUUCAUCGACAAGACCUGCAGCCGUCCGGUGGCCGCCUGCACCAGCAGCCCGUGCCUGAACGGGGGCACCUGCCUGCAGCACUCCCAGGUGAGCUACGAGUGUCUGUGCAAGCCCCCGUUUGCGGGCCCCACCUGCGCGAAGAAGCGGGUGGUGGGCGUGCCCAGCGGUUACAGCCUGCCCUACCGCGUGACCCCGGGGGUGCACGAGCUGCCGCUGCCCAAGCCCGAGCACCGAGUCCUGAAGGUGUCCAUGAAGCGGCUCAACAAGAAUACCCCUCUCCUCACCGAGGGCCAGGCCGUCUGCUUCACCAUCCUGGGGGUACUCACCGGUCUAGUGGUGCUGGGCACCGUUGGCAUCAUCUUCCUCAACAAGUGCGAGACCUGGGUGUCCAACCUGCGCUACAACAGCAUGCUGCGCAAGAAGAAGAACCUGCUGCUGCAGUACAACAGCGGUGAGGACCUGGCGGUGAACAUCAUCUUCCCGGAAAAGAUCGACAUGACCACCUUCCGCAAGGAGGCCGUGGUGGUGUCGGGCGAGGAGGAGAUCUAGGCAGCGUUCCCACGGCCCCGCCCAGCUCGGGGCUCCGCAGAGCUCACCAUGCGGUCUGUCUCAUCUUUGUGGUGCAGUUUGCUAUCUCUUGUGCCCAAUCUGGUGAACGCUGUGCUUAUGUAGAUUGUGUUUGUGUUGCCCUGUGACCAACGCAACGCUAAACCGAUCCUCCCUCCUCUCUAUUAAUGCAUGAUAACACAUGAUAAGAAUAAUAAGAAUUUCAUCUUUACCUGA